GCAAGUUACGGACCCCGUUCCCACACUGCUGGAGCCGCCUUCACUGAGGCUAAGAAGGGAGAUGCGUUAGUAGUAGGCAGAGGAGUUCACUGGCUCUUUAGGUUUCUUCAGGUGUGUGGACGGCUCCGCGCCGCGAUUUGGACGGUCCAGCGAGGGAGUCUGGAAAUAUGGGGCGUAAAGGACCCAAACCGAAGACCUACAGCCAUUUCCAAGUGACUUUGGACAAGUUUCUAGGCUCCAAGAACCUCUGUCGGAAGGCGAUCGCCAAGGACGGCUCUUGUCUCUUCAGAGCCGUCGCUGAGCAGGUACUGCUGAGUCAGUCUUACCACCAUCACGUGAGACUCCAGUGUGCAGACUACAUCUCUCGACAUAGAGAUGACUUCAAGGAGUUCCUGACGGUGAAACUUGAUGAGUACCUGAGGCGACUGCGGAUCGGGCAGCUGUGGGGAGGGGAGGUGGAGCUGGUGGUCUUCUCUAAGAUGUACCGGCGUUCCAUUGUGGUCUACAACCAGCAGGUGAACCAGGUCCAGGAGCAGAUAUUCCUGACCCCCGAGGACGAGGCUGCCGGCAGACGGACAGAGGAGCUCAUUGAUCCCAUAUAUCUGGCCUAUACUGAUGGGAACCAUUACGACAGUGUCUACCUUAGGAAGAGCAAAGGAAACCUGGCCUUCUGUCAGUCGGUUGUGUAUUCCCUGCUCUAUGAGAAGGUAUUUGAGGAAACCCUCAGCCAAGCAACUAAGCAGAGACUGCGGAAUAUCACCGAUGCAGAUGUUCAAAAACUAGCAAUGGAAGGAGACAAGGGAGACAAGCACCUCACCUUCCUGAGCAAGACCUACCCCCUUGGUGUCCUGGAGGGCAUGGCUCCUAACUGCUUCUCAAACACAUCACUUCACGUCUACCAGAGGGAGAGAGAUUGUAUAGAGAGACAGGAUCGAGACGUGGCUGCCGCCAUUCAGUUCCAGAUUGGAGACAAGUGUCUGGUCCCGGUACCAGGCGACUCUCAACUCUACAACGGAGAGAUCACCUCCAGCAUCACGCCCAACGGGUGUCACCUGGUGUAUAUAUUUGAAGCUGGAGAGCAGUGAGUCACGCUAAUAUUCAUGCCAAUAAUGAUACAAGCAUUUCGGCCUUCUUCUACAUGCAUUGGUUUGUAGAACAAGAAAUGCGACAAGUACACAUUAGUAUGGAGUAGAGAAGACUGCAGUUUUGUCUGUGCAGGUGGGAGAUUCCGUGCAAAGAUAUCACAGUUCCAAGCAACUCUCUCUCUUCAGCUGCCUCCACUGGAAGGCGAAGUGGAGGACCGCCUCAUGCGUGGUCCAAAGUCCACCAGAGAAUUCAGCCUGGCUUUCCUCGAGGAGGGAGAGGGACCUCAGAUGAGACUCCACCCACCUCCUCCCUUCUCCCUCUCCCCCCCAACCUUCUCCCCAUUGCCACCACCGCCGCACACAUUCCCUCCCCCUCCACCCCACCCCCUGGCACCACUGAGCAGAACCACUCCGUGCAAAAGGCCUACCAAUCUAUCCCAAAGUCGACCAACGGGACCAAAACCUUGUCAGGCAAGCCCCUCAAUAAACCACUGACAGCAUCGUCAGGGAGCACACCAGCUUCUCAAGUUCCGGUCACCGGCAAAGGAGAAGUGGGCGUGGCUUCACAACAAGGGGUUUGGAGAUCGGGAGAGGUCGUUGAUAUGGAAACACAAGGUCGGCGUAGGUCAGGGGGCGGAGCCGGGAUUCAGGGCGGUACACCUCCUGGUUUCUCUGUCGGCAGAGAACACGAGCCGGUGCCCAAACCUCCGAAGGUGAGUGAGGCAGACAAACCGGCCAACCUUCCCGGGAGGCCUGCAGCAGUCGAUGUUCGAAACCCAGGGGACCGGAAAUUUCCUCCCUCCCCUCCCGCCACCUCGGCCCCCCCUCAGCUCCCCGGGGGUUACUCCAACGAGGGAAGAGUUGUCGUCCACUCUGCCUCCUUCCCUCCCGCCAACCCCACAGGCCCCAGAGCCUCUCCAGACGACUCAGCUGCCACUACAAAGAUCAUCAGUGAGGAGUGUGUGAAUGGAGCAACCCAGACAGCCAAUCCCAAACCUCCUCCAGUGCCUUACUUCUUACCUCACCCUAUGGGACGCUACGUUUACCUCCCCGAAGGACAAGCCCCCAUUCCAAACCAGCUGGGCCCAGUCCCCAUUCCAAGCCAGUCAGGCUCGGUCCCUGUUCCAAACCAGCCAGGCUUGGUGCAGAUUCCAAACCAGCCAAACUCUGUCCAGAUUCCAAACCAGCAGACAGGACCUCAGACUGUGGGUGGAGUGGUAUCUGAACCAGUGAUGCAUGCACCAGUUCCCCACCCUCAUCUUACGGCACAGCAGAUGGGGAGACGUGGGGGGGAGGAAGGAAGAGAAAGCCCCUAUUUUGACUCCCAGAUAAACCACCUACGAUCCUCACAGCCCGAGGAGGCGUGGCCAAUGGUAGGCGAAGAGGAGCCACACCCAAAUCCGCACCCUCUGCCCCCCCAACAAUCGUCACCCCCUCCUGGGCACAUGCCCCCUCGUUACAUGUUCCCCUUUGGAAUUCCGACCCCCUCGGAUCAAGGGAUCGUCAUGAGACCCCCUCAUUUCCCGGGGAUCCCGCCCCCCGGUGGCCCCGCCCCUCCUGGGGGUCCCGUCUCCAUACAACACAUGUUCCCUUUCUUCCUGGCCCCACCCCAUCAACCGUUCCCCGCCCACCAACCACACCCACUAGAGGUUGAGACGGAGUCAAAAGAGGUACAGACCUCUCCGUACCCCUCCCCAGUUCUCAAGAAGGACAAGGAGGUGGACGUCCGACCUGCGACAGUCUCUGUGGGACUGCAGUGUACUGGAGUGGCUCGCCGAGAGAGCUCGACCAAUACUGACCCUCAGGGAACAAACCAGCCCCUGUUUCUGGCUGACGAUAUAAAGCCCCCUGCAGUGUCGGCUCAGGCGUACCUCUUGUCUGGAGAUGUACAGGGACAAAUCCGAGUCCUCACUGAGUAUGCUGAGCAGUGUCUGAGGCUGUAUGAGAGAGCUGAGCCUGAUCUGGCCUCUCCUGCCCUGGACCUAGCGAAGGGCCUCGGAGAGCGUGUUCAGAGGAUGGUGGAGGAGAGAGAGAGGAAGACGAGAGAGGUGGUGAGGAGUGAGAUGAGGGAGGAGGUGAAGGAGGAAGUGAGACAGGAGAUAUGGGACCAGGUGAGAGAGGAAGUGAGGGCAGAGUUGAUGGAAGACAUGCAGCACAAACCACUGAAUGUCGACGAACAGAAUUUUCUACAGCUGUUUACAAACUCUCAACCGGACAGGCCUCCUCACCUUCCUCCCCAUCAUCUGGCGGAGCACGGGCGCUACCCUGCCUAUUUCCCCCACUUUACACCGUCACCCGUUCCCCCGAACAAGAUGGCCGCCGUUCCUCGCGGGAGAUCAGCCGAGCUCGGUGAGGAUGAAGAUGCCGACAGCCUUGGGGGAGAUGGAGAGGCUAACGAGGAAGAUACAGAGGUUCUCCCCCAUCAAGAGGCAUCGGUUCCUCCUUAUCCGCAAAUGGCUCCGGGCCCAAUGAUGGUGCCGCCUGGCGCCAGACCGGUAGUGUUCCCCCCCAUGCCAGGCAUGCCCUGGUACCCUCACUACAUGCCGUUCCCAUUCCUCGUUCCACCGCACCACCAGAUGCUGCCUCACGUGGUUCCUCCGGUUGGACUCGAUGAGCGCAGUAGUAGCUCAGACGAUCACCAAUCGUCACAGAAUGAUCCACAGUUGGUUGAGACUCCGGAGGUCCAGGAGGAGUACCAGGUCUCAACUGGUGGACAGACCGUCGAUACCACCAGUACCGAUAGUGGUGUUGUAGGGGACGGGACCACUACCGGCAAAGAGAUACCACAAGUGACCGCUGCUAAACCACCAUUUACGUUCCCCUCUGCCGACAUACAGACUGAGAUUGACAUUGACGAAAUCGAAGGCCCUGAAAUCGCUUCUCAUUUCACGGAGAGUCUGUCACUCUCAACAUCUGCGGGGGAAAUGAACCUACUGGUAAACCAGUCACCUUCUCGCCAUAGGUCCCCCUCUCCUUCAAACACACAGCUGCCAGCAGGUGGUACUGAGCCAACGGGGGAGCUGAAAGAAGGGGGGCUGAGACCAGGUCUCCCUUGUCGUAGAAAAGGCGUGGCUGAAGUUACCAGUCUCCCUCAGGAGACGGGAGAAGAACAGUCAAAGGAGGAGAAGGCGGAGUCUGUGACCGUGACCCCGCCCACUAAUCAGCGACAGUACUCGGGGAAGGGGAAAGGAGGGAGACAAGGCUCCGGACACCACCGAGGCAGAAACAGAGAUGGAGUAGGUGGGCGGGGCUACAAAUCCAGUCAUCACGACAGGAGGCAUGGUUCGUCGUCUUCUGAGCAGGCUGCCACGCCCCCUCAGACUUCAGUUGCAAGCCACACCCACUCCUGGCCAGCCGACACCCCAACAACUUCUUCAGUGCAGUCAAAGACUCCACCAAACAAUUUGUCUGUGGCCACACCCACAAGCCAGUCCCAAGUCCAGACCACUCAGUCUCGAGUUCAGACCACUCAGUCUCGAGUCCAGACCGAUCAGUCUCGAGUUCAGACAACUCAGUCCCGAGUUCAGUCUGAUCAGUCUCGAGUUCAGACCACUCAGUCCCGAGUCCAGACCGAUCAGUCCCGAGUCCAGGACUCGUCCACAGUUCGAUCUCAAUCCCAUACUGCAUUGUCUGGUACUGAGAAGGAAAGUGGAGGUAGAAAAACCAGCGACGAAGCUGUCAAGAAGAGUGCAAAAUCUGGUGAUGAAGGGGUUAAAGUUGCAGGGAGCAAAGGCAGUUUGUCGGGUGGCAAUAAAGCAAGUGGAGGGGGAGGAAAGGGAGGGAGAGGAGGGAGACCAAAUAGAGGAAGAGGGGGGAAAGAAGUGCCGGCUGUUUCAAAAACUACCGCCGAGACAAGCGAGAGAGAAGGAAAAGAGGUUGGUGCAACGUCGGCGCCUGUGGUGAAGAGUGAAGAAAGUGAGUCGGCGACCAGCGAGAUGGCGCCAAAGAACACGAGGCAGAACCUCAACAAGGGAGGCAGCAAUCAGAAGUACUAUCGAGGGAAAAGAGCUGGAGGAGGAGGAUCGAAUAGCUCUCGAACUUACCAAACUUCCCAACCCAACCACUCCCAGGCUUCUUCUUCCAGCAACCACGACGAUGCGCAUCAGUCGAGAUAUCAAACCAGCAGAGGAGGAGGAGGGGGAGGAGGAGGAGGAGGGGGAGGAGGAGGGGGGAAGUCAGGGAGGGGAGAAAGCAGAGCAAAAGCUAAGAGAGUCAACUCUGUCCCAGACUCUGGAGAACGACAAUCACAGGAGCCAACUCGCAGCAGUUGUGACGACACCCCACGAAAGCCCUCUCCCGACAGAAUCGUAGAGCAACUACCCAGCUUCAAAAACCUCUACUCCUCCACUCCUGAAAGAGAAGAGACUGCUGAGUAUCUCACACAAGGCAAGGAGAGCUGGCCCAGCAUGACUCAAAUCGAUCAGGACCACCCAACCCCCACGUUCCUCCCUCCCCACUAUUCCUUAUCCCCGGACUCCCCUCUCCUUCCACACUUCCCCCCUCUGAACCAGUUCUUUCCCUGUCAAGACUCGAUGGAUUCCCCCAUGGAUUCCCCCAGCCACCUCCUAACAAUCUUCCCUGCUCUCUUGUCUCGCCAAGGACUGGUCGACGCUGAGUCAGCUCCCACCUCUUGACCCAGGCUCCCACAGAACACAUUGUCUCAUGCACACAGACACACCACAGACUGGCUCAUCACGUCAUCUUCAUUAUUAUUGCUAUUGUAAUUUAUGUCUUCAUGCACUGUGUAUCAUAAUGUGGCAAUCGAUUGAAGACCCAACAAAACGUGAAUGUAAUGUGUGUUUCCACACACAAUGACAUAGAUCACAGUGUGUACAUGAUUAUAUCCACA